AUAUCCUGAGGCCAGAUCAUUGACGUAUGCUGAGUUCCCCCAAAAAUUUGUUUGGAACAAAAAAAGGAGGGAAUGGACUCCUAGAAAAAAGGCAUUCGCUAUUGGUAGAAUUUAUUAUGUCCAUCCUGGGAGUGGUGAAUCUUAUUAUCUCAGAUGCCUGUUGAAUCACAUUCGUGGUGCAAUGUGUCACAAAGAUCUCCGAACGGUUGCUGGUGUAAUAUAUGUUUCAUUUCGUGAAGCGUGUUAUGCCUUGGGAUUACUGGAUGAUGACAAGGAAUUCAUUGAUGCUUUCAAGGAAGCAAGCUUUUUCUCUUCAGGUUUUUACAUGAGAAUUUUAUUCGUUAUUCUUUUGUGGACGGAGUCAAUGUCUAGGCCCGAAUCUGUAUGGCAACAUUGCUGGAGGUACAUGGCGGAUGACAUACAACACACACGAAGACGAUUGUUGCAACAUCCAGAAUUGAUUCUUUCGGAUGACCAAUUGGAGAAAUUGGCUUUGGCUGAAUUAGAGAAAUUGUUGCGGGGUCGUGGAAAGAGUCUGCGAGAUUACCCUCCGAUGCCAACGGUUACGAUGGAUUCCAUGCUUUCUUCCAAUGACAGAAUGAUAUACGAAGAGCUUAGCUAUGACCGCAGCGCAAUGACUGAGGAACACGCAAAAUUGGUUGGUUCCCUGACGGAUGAACAAAAGUCUGUAUAUGAAACGAUAAUGCAUUCCGUGGAAGAGGAGGUAGGAGGUGUUUUCUUUGUGUACGGGUAUGGUGGAUCUGGAAAAACAUUUGUUUGGAGGACACUUUCUGCCGCCCUUAGGUCUAAGGGUGAGAUCGUGCUUAAUGUCGCAUCGAGUGGGAUUGCCUCCCUGCUACUACCUGGUGGACGUACUGCACAUUCUCGAUUUGCAAUCCCAAUUAGUUUGAAUGAAGACUCCACCUGUAAUAUUAAGCAAGGGAGUCCUCUUGCUAGACUUAUUGUAC